AUGGAACCAGGACCCAAGUUCUGGUUUGGUAAGCAGCGUCGUAAACGACCGGAACGCAGUGGAGGGAAGGGUCCUACAGAGACGGAGGAGACCGGAGUCGAUGGUCCUAAACACCGGGGGCGAAGUGCAACGAAACCAGAGAGGUUCGCACUUUUUUUUGACAUUGUCAAACUUUUUUCUUCUUCCAUUCAACCAAGUGGUUGGACUGUUGCGACUCCGGAGCAACCCCACAUUGUGAGUCCUUGUAUCCCGCUGGGAACAACUGACCAGGCAGAGGUGGGAACCGGUCGAAAGCGAUUGUGUGAAACAAUAACCCUGCGAGCAGGCAGCGAGACGAACAGAGUGAGAGAGUCGGAGACGAGAACCGAUACGGAACAACACAACGGGGAACGUUGGAUACUACUUUUGGUGCCGAGCAUCAUGGGUUUGACCCUCUUCCCUACACACGCCAUCGGUGAGAUGGAUGAUGUCCAACAGACAGACACGGAGUGCACCGUGGAAACAUCGAACGGAGUAGGUGGUACUCCUUCGCGCUGCAUGUACGCGGUGUGCUGCACGCAUUCCGCUUGCCAACCACUGCGGGAGCAAUUGUGGUGUCGAUAUUGGAUUUACCUCGAGGGAGUGUCCGAGACGGCUCUGGAUAAAGAGACAUUUCCGGCAAUGUUGACGGCCUGCUUGGCUGGUAUUCCCUUUUCCUUUUGGGGUGCCCAAUUCACAACAGAGAGUGGCCAGUGUGGCUAUCGGCUGUUCUUGCAUGCGUAUGGCGCAGAACCCUUUACCCGGGGGAGCUUGAAGUCUCUGACGCGUCUGGCCACAGGGCCUCACGAGAACGGUCUCGACUUGCACUUGGGAUGUGCUCUUCAUUUUCAGUGUUGUGGUCUUUACCACCAUGACAUCCUGCCUGAGUAUAUCAGGGACAUUCUGGAACCAGAUAAGGUUCAAAUCGGGGAUGAGUCGUUGCGUCUGCUGUUAGAUCCUCACCCGAAUGAGAGGCGAGGGACUGAGCCAUCUGAGAGUGGUGGAGCCCGGGUGGCGUCUUGCUUGUAG